ACCGCCGCGCUUACUCAGCAGUGGGCGGGGCCACACGGCGCCUGACGUUGGGCAGUGUGAGGACGCGGCGUCACGGUUCAGUACCCGAGAGAACGGCGAAGAUAUGUGGCCGCUCCUGAGGCUGAUCCGGCGUCCGCUCAGCACCGCUGCACCCCGCGGACUAGUGUAUGAAAAGCACGGAGAGCCCACACAGGUGCUACGUUUGAAGAAUAUCGAAGUUCCUACUCCAACUAAUUAUGAAGUCAGAGUUAAAAUGUUGGCAGCCCCCAUAAAUCCUUCAGACAUCAACAUGAUUCAAGGGACCUAUGCCCUGUUGCCCCCGCUACCAGCUGUAGGGGGAAAUGAAGGAGUAGCUGUAGUAGCUGAAGUUGGAAAUCAUGUAUCUUCUGUGCGGCCUGGUGACUGGGUGAUACCAGUGGAUGCCGGUCUAGGUACAUGGUGUACAGAGGGCUUAUUCAGUGAGGAGGCCCUAGUGCGAGUCCCAAGUGACAUAUCUAUAGUGGGCGCAGCGACCAUCAGUGUUAACCCCUGCACUGCUUACAGACUGCUCUCUGAUUAUGAGACCCUUCGGCCAGGGGACUCGGUAAUACAGAAUGCCGGCAACAGCAGUGUGGGUCAGGCUGUUAUACAGAUCGCAAAAUCUUUGGGUAUUACUACCAUUAAUGUUGUGCGAGACAGGCCAGAUCUACCAGUCUUGGUGGAGAGACUUCGGAAUUUAGGUGCUGACCAUGUGAUCACAGAAGAACAACUGCGCAAGCCAGAGAUGAAGGAUUUGUUUAAGAACUGUCCCCGUCCGCGUUUGGCAUUUAACUGUGUCGGUGGAAAAAGCACAACUGAAAUGUUACGUCACCUGGCUCAUGGUGGCACAAUGGUGACCUAUGGAGGAAUGGCCAAGCAGCCGGUUACUAUCCCAGUGAGUGCUCUAAUAUUUAAAAAUGUGAAGCUCUGUGGUUUCUGGGUAACUAAGUGGAAAAAGGAUCGAUAUAACAAUCGGGAAGAAAUUACCAAGAUGAUUCGUGACCUCUGUGAUUUAAUCCGCAGAGGGAGGCUGCUUCCUCCCCCAUGCACUGAGUGGCCCCUGGAAGAUUUUACCCAUGCGCUGCGUAAUUCACAGACACCAUUCCUUUCCCGCAAACAAGUCUUGAUUAUGUAAUCAGGAGGUGAAUUUAUUUGCACACGUUGUAUGGCUGAGAGGCUAAUGACCCUGUCAACACAAUGUAUAUUUAUAGAUAUAUAUAUAUAUAUAUUUUUAUGUCUGUGAAAUUUAGAUUCCAAUCUAAGAAUAAAUGUGACCGUAUAAAUGAGUGGUGUUUUACUUGUCUGUGUAUAAUGCCUCUUAAGAACAUCCAAAACUUCCAUUCUAUUGCUAGAAUAUAUUUAUUGCAUUACCUUCAGGUCUGAUCCAUUCAUGGUGACUAAUGUAUGCUGUACUAAUGCUGUGUCAGUGUAUUCCAGGCUUAUAUAUAAAACAAAACCCCUACAUCUCCAUGACAGACUUGCACAAUAUACAGUUUUGAUGUACGUAGAUUGCAUAUACGUGUAAAUAAAACAGAUGACA